AUGCCUCCGUCUUCAGGAACAAAACCCAAAGUCGAGGAAGACGAGAUAGUCCUUGAAACAGUGGAGGAUGUCCCAGUCAACAAAAUCACCAGCUUCAAUGGCAAACUGCAGCAAUACCUGCAUAGCGGGACCACAGCACGAGAACCCCCAACCGCCUCUCGAGCUACUAUAUCGCGAGGCUGCAGAAACACCUCCGAGGCCGAAUAUAAACCACACAUUACCGAACGUCAAGCAGAGGGCAUCAUCUCCAGUCCAAGGCGAAAGAGAACAGUACCACAGACAACAGCAUCAGAAACUACAACUACCGACCCACGCACCACUCGCUCACAGUCAAUCCUAACGACAACGUCCCCGUCCCCAUCACCAAACAAACGCAAGCGCAGAACAGCAACCCCAAAAACCCCAACCACACCUCCAAUCGCCGGCCCAUCUGCCACAGAAUCCCUCCUCCGCGACACAAUUCCCCCAAACCUGAUCCUCCUACUCGUAGGCGUGAAUCCGGGAAUAAUGACAGGAAUAACGGGGUACGCCUACGCACACCCAUCAAACCUAUUCUGGAAACUGCUCUUUUCAUCGGGGAUAACAAGUAUGCGCCACAUACCAGCCGACACAUACAAGCUUCCCGCGCUGUACAGCGUAGGCAACACGAACAUUGUUGAGCGGCCGACGCGCGACGCGAGCAUGCUCAGUCGCGCGGAGAUGGAUGCCGGUGUUCCUGUGCUCGAGGCUAAGGUUGCGGCUCAGAGGCCCGAGGUUGUCUGUCUUGUUGGGAAAGGUAUCUGGGAGGCUGUUUGGCGGGUUAGACAUGGGAGGGGGAUUCGGAAGGAGGAGUUUCGGUAUGGGUGGCAGGCGGAGGCGGAGAACAUGGGUCGUUGUGAAGGUUGGGAUGGUGCGUUAGUUUUUGUCGCUACAACGACUAGUGGGCUUGCUGCCGGGAUGAAGCCUGCGGAGAAGGAGGCUGUUUGGGCGGAGUUGGGGAGUUGGGUUGUAAGGAGGAGAGGGGAGAGGGGGUUGGAUUCGGUGGUUGUAAAGGAUGAGGUUUGA